AUGGAUGCUAUUAAAGCUGGUGUUGAAAAAGCAAAAGAAGCUAUUCAACUAAAAAAAGCUGACGAUAAAGCAGAAAAAGCACUUGAUCCAAAUAGAACACCAAGUGAUCGUAUAGAUGCAGCAUUUGAAUCUGAUAAAGCUGCAAUGAAAGCACGCGAACAUGCUUGUAAAGCAGAAUGUCAUAAAGACAAACAUGUUUGUAGUUGA